ACGUCUACACACCAAUUCCACUCCAUCGAUGCUUUAUUGAUUUCUCCGUUUUAGGCGGCGAAACUGGGAGUGAGGUUUUGCAGUGGAAGCUAAGAGAUGGCGAGGACGACGUCUAUUCUCCUCUGGACUUUAGUCCUCCUCGGAACCCUAGCUCUCAUCCAGGCAAAGAAGUCGAAGGAAGAAUUGAAGGAAGUGACCCACAAAGUUUUCUUUGAUGUUGAGAUUGACGGAAAGCCAGCCGGUCGAAUUGUGAUGGGGCUAUAUGGAAAGACGGUUCCUAAAACCGUAGAAAACUUUAGAGCGUUGUGCACAGGUGAGAAAGGCACUGGGAAGAGUGGAAAACCUCUCCAUUACAAGGGUAGCACAUUCCACCGGAUUAUUCCAAGCUUCAUGCUCCAGGGAGGUGAUUUUACACUUGGCGAUGGAAGGGGUGGAGAAUCAAUCUAUGGAGAGAAGUUUAAUGAUGAGAACUUCAAGCUGAAGCAUACUGGACCAGGGCUUCUGUCAAUGGCAAAUGCUGGUCCUGACACAAACGGUUCACAAUUCUUCAUAACAACUGUGACAACUAGCUGGUUGGAUGGUAGGCAUGUUGUAUUUGGAAAAGUGCUAUCUGGAAUGGACGUAGUUUACAAGGUUGAAGCCGAGGGAAGGCAGAAUGGGACGCCCAAGAGCAAAGUUGUUAUUGCGGACAGCGGCGAACUUCCUCUAUAAUUAUCCUCUUCAAUUUCCAAUCUACAAAGUCUAGCAACUUCAUAGUUAAUUUCCUCGCCCCGUUCAGUUCCCUGUAUGAGACGGUUUAAUACAAUAUAAAGUUGUGCCCUGUGUUUAUGGAUA